AUAAGCAUAACUAUAUCUGUUUCCUUUGACAAUUAUGUUCACGGAGCUUAUGGUGAUUUGUAUGCUUUAAAAGAACAAAGUGAUCUAUAUCUAAACAACCUUGUUCACACAUUCAGUGUCUUUCCUAAAGAAUACGAAAUAACAUUUAAAGCUUGUUUCACUUCGUUUUCUGAUGGUAAUUCUUAUUCUCCAUGGUCAAACGUUUUUAACUUAAAUACAGGAAAUUCGAAUGGUGAUAGUUACAGAGUUAUAAGUAUGUGGCUAAAUUCAAAAAGAGUUUUGGGUUUCAGCGUAUUUAUUAAUAACGAUCUUUAUAAAAAGUAUUUUAGUGAUUUUAAGUUAGGUUGCAACCAUUAUUCAAUAAGUCAAGUUUUAGAUCAAUACUAUAACUUUACUAUGAAAAUAUCUGGCAUAAUUGUUUUAACAAUGGAAAAUACUGACGCAAAAGAAUUCAAGAAUGUUAAAUUGUAUUUGUCCGACCCAUGGCACACUGCACAGCCAGGCUAUACAAAAAACCUUUUAGUAUCAAAAGGGUGUUCAGAGUUGUUUACAUUGGUAGAAAAGAGUGACAUAACUCAUAACAACCUUCUCCAAACAUUAGCCAUUUUUCCUAUAGAGUAUGAAAUAGCUUUUGAAGCCUGCUUAUCCUCAUUUACAUCUGGAAAUUAUUGGUCUGCAUCUUCCAACGUUUUUUAUUUCACUAAUAGUGGUUAUGAUUUUUGUGUUGCAUGUAUGUGGUUUUCUCCAAAUGGAGAAAUGGAAUUAGCAGCAUUAAUAAAUGGUACAACUUACAGUUUUACAACAAAACCAUUUAAAACAGGAUGCAAACAAUAUAAAAUUAGACAGAUACUAUACCAAGGAAACUAUAUGUUUACUGUACAAGUUGAUGGGUGGACUCUAUCAACAGUCAAAAAUAUUGCUCCUCAAGUGUUUAAGAAUGUGCAAAUCUACAUUUCCGACCCAUGGACGGUAGCACAGCCAGGAUACACAAACAACUUUAUUAUAACAAAUAGAUGUUCAGAUUUAUUUUCCUUAAAAGAAGAAUUUUUCAUAGUUCAAAACAGUCUUUUUCAAACAAUUGCCAUUUUUUUCCUUAAGAGUAUGAAAUGACAUUUGAAACCUGUUUAACUUCAUUUACUGCUGGAAAUGCUUGGUUUAAGUUGUCCAACGUAUUUUAUUUAACU